AUGUGGUCUGAAACAGGGUGGCCGAGAUUCCGCGUCACCCGCGACGUCGCCGUUCCUUUUUGUGCCGAGCGUGGCCACGUUUGCUUUGGCCCUCUGCUUCCCGCUUUCAGCGCAUAUAUUUACGACGAGAUCGCUUGUACGAUGCCCCGCGAAAAGUCGGUCAGGGUCCCGAUCGAUGAAAUCCGCCGCACACUGGAAGAUCUUGACGGCAGACGCACUGGAAACGGAGCUGGAGGAAGGUCGGGACCACCCUACUCGAUUGUCCCAAACUCCUCGGCAUACCAGAGCACCCAUCGACUCCGUCAAGAGCCGGUCAGAGUUCCGCUCGACGAGAUCCGAACUACGUUGGAAGACCUGGACCGCCGACACGCCGAAAGAUGCACUCUACGAAGACAAGAGUCUCAAGAGACCGAGACCAGGCCCCGGAAGCAGCCGGAGACGAGAAUCAUCCCACUCCACUACCGCUAG